GAAUGGAGGAACCGCUGACUUCAUCUGCUGGGGAAAAUCGUCCGGAGGAACUCAGAUUUGGCUACUCUGAGCGGUGCAGGGGGUGUCCAUGACGUACAGGGGGGAAGUAGGCAACGGAAACCUCCCGUGUGAACAGCAAACUGUGACCAAGCAAGGGGAAGGUCUCUCUCUGUAUUUUAAUCUCCUGCAAAGACGUUCAAGCAUCUGCACCAUAAACUUACUUCUACAUCUCGUGCCCACUUCAGUGGAAACCAAAAGGGUCCUGUCUGGGGCCCCAUCACUACCCGGGAGACCCGCAGCCGGCGGCCUGCCUUCGCGUGAUGCGUUUCCCUGGAUCCGAUCUCUGUUUGGGGCACUACAUCUCUCUUAUACAACUAGCCACAUCUCCAGGAAUACUCUGAAUUUCUGAGACUUUAACUCCUAGAAUCUCCACGCGGGACCGGAAUUCAGCCCAAUGCAUAUGAAGAAAUGACAUUUUGAAACACCUUGGUUUCUUAAGAUUCCUGUAAAACAGGAUUUGAUAGGCUUACAAACAUGUCAGGUAAGAACUUUCUCUCUCUCUAGUCCCUCAACGCCUGUGGCAGAGGAGGCCGAAGAGGAGCAAGACCCCAGGGAAGGAGAGCCGGGGGACCUGGGUGUCCUCCGGGAAUCGCAGGCGCCUGGUCGGGCCGGCUUUCGGGAGAGGCGCAGCGUUCGCUCCUGGCCCGCGGGCCUCGGCUGGGGACGCUUGUGGGGCGCGCGCGGGGCGGUGGCGCUGCGCUCCAGCUCCACCUGCCCUGCCCGGGACGCAGCCCGGGGCCGAGACUCCAGGGACCUCCCCAAGUCAAUAUUGGGAUUUUUAAUAAACCAACGAAUGGGAUUUUAAUUAUUCAAAAACCCUUGCUCCUCCGGGCCAGAUGCUGUUGGGAUGGUCCUGGUCACACAAUAUUAAAGAGACCGAUCCCUAGGAGGACGGGAACAGCGGCUGAGACAUCCGUUGCAAAUUACGAAUGAGCCAGACUUGUAGCACAGGGCAUUGAUUGCUGGUGCCCAACCGGACCCUCCUCCCCGCGCCCCGUUCCUCCCUCCACCCCACCCCACCCCACACCACCCCACCCGAAGCAGGCUCCCGCGGCGGCCGGGACCUCGCGUCCCCACAUCGUGGCCCGGGCUGCAUUUUUCAUGAGCCCAGGGUGAACAGGUGCGAAGUGCGCUGGGAGCAUCCGGCGGGCGGCCGGGCGCAGGGAACAUGGAGAGCGAGCGCGACAUGUACCGCCAGUUCCAGGACUGGUGCCUCAGGACUUACGGGGACUCAGGCAAGACCAAGACGGUGACCCGUAAAAAAUACGAGCGGAUCGUCCAGCUCCUCAACGGAUCCGAGUCGAGCUCCACGGACAACGCCAAAUUUAAAUUCUGGGUCAAAUCGAAGGGCUUCCAGCUGGGCCAGCCGGACGAGGUCCGCGGGGGAGGCGGCGGCGCCAAGCAAGUGCUCUACGUGCCCGUCAAGACCACGGAUGGCGUGGGGGUAGAUGAAAAGCUGUCUUUACGGCGGGUCGCGGUGGUGGAAGACUUCUUUGACAUUAUCUAUUCAAUGCACGUGGAAACCGGGCCAAAUGGAGAACAAAUUCGGAAGCACGCUGGACAGAAGAGAACUUACAAAGCAAUUUCAGAGAGCUAUGCCUUCCUACCAAGAGAAGCGGUGACUCGAUUUCUAAUGAGCUGCUCAGAAUGCCAGAAAAGAAUGCAUUUAAACCCAGAUGGAACAGAUCAUAAAGAUAAUGGAAAGCCUCCCACUUUGGUGACGAGCAUGAUUGACUACAACAUGCCAAUUACCAUGGCCUAUAUGAAGCAUAUGAAGUUGCAGCUGCUCAACUCACAGCAAGAUGAGGAUGAAAGUUCAAUAGAAAGUGAUGAAUUUGAUAUGAGCGAUUCAACACGAAUGUCAGCUGUGAACUCUGAUCUUAGCUCCAAUCUUGAGGAAAGAAUGCAAAGUCCUCAGACUCUUCAUGGCCAGCAAGAUGAUGAUUCUGCUGCAGAGAGUUUUAAUGGCACUGAGACUCUGGGGCACAGUUCAGUUGCUUCAGGGGCAACACACGGCAGGGAGAUGGGAGACACCAACAGUGAUGGCAAAACUGGGCUAGAGCCAGAGGAGCAGCCACUGAACCUGAGUGACAGCCCUCUCUCUGCGCAGCUGACUUCAGAAUACAGAAUAGAUGACCACAGCAGCAAUGGGAAAAACAAGUACAAGAAUAUUCUAAUCUCUGACCUCAAGAUGGAACGUGAGACAAGAGAAAACGGAAGCAAGUCUCCUGCACACAGUUACUCAAGCUAUGACUCUGGCAAAAAUGAGAGUGUAGACCGAGGCGCUGAGGACUUGUCACUCAACAGAGGGGAUGAAGACGAAGAUGACCACGAUGAGCAUGAUGAUUCUGAGAAAGUAAACGAGACAGACGGCGUUGAAGCAGAAAGGCUGAAAGCUUUCAAUAUGUUUGUCAGGCUGUUUGUAGAUGAAAACUUGGACCGAAUGGUCCCAAUCUCUAAGCAGCCCAAAGAAAAGAUCCAGGCUAUCAUUGACUCAUGCAGGAGACAAUUCCCUGAGUAUCAAGAGCGUGCCAGAAAACGCAUACGUACUUACCUCAAGUCCUGCAGGCGGAUGAAAAGAAGUGGUUUUGAGAUGUCUCGACCUAUUCCUUCCCACCUUACUUCAGCAGUUGCCGAGAGUAUCUUGGCUUCGGCUUGUGAGAGCGAGAGCAGGAAUGCCGCCAAGAGGAUGCGUCUGGAUAAGCAGCAGGACGAGUCUGUUCCAGCUGACAAGCAGUGUAAACCAGAGGCAGCCCAGGCUACUUAUGCAGCAUCGACUGUUCCAGGCUCACAGGAGGUGCUGUACAUCAAUGGAAAUGGGACCUACAGUUACCAUAGUUACAGAGGGCUAGGAGGGGGACUGCUAAAUCUGAAUGAUGCUUCCAGUAGUGGACCCACCGAUCUCAGCAUGAAGAGGCAGUUGGCGACUAGCUCGGGAUCGUCUAGCAGUUCAAGCUCCAGACCCCAGCUGAGUCCAACUGAAAUCAAUGCUGUGAGACAGCUUGUUGCAGGAUAUCGAGAAUCAGCUGCAUUUUUAUUGCGUUCUGCAGAUGAACUGGAAAAUCUCAUUUUGCAACAGAACUGAGUCAAAUGAUGACCGUAUUCACUGAGUUAUAAAUUUGCAGUUUCCACUAAUGACAUUUUGAUUUCCCAGCAGAGCUACUUCUGGUCCUACUGCACAAUCUUUUAAGAGAAAUACUUCCAUUUGCCACAUUGUCUCUGAUCCAUAAAGUGAUGUGUUAAGGUGCUUCAAAGGAACUCUGACCUCUGAAGUACUUGCGAUACUUAAUUGUGCCCAGCCCAUUGCUUUUUGUUUUAGUGUGUCAGCAUAAAUAUCAUGGGCAAACAAGGCUGCGUAUUCUUAACUCAAGGAUAAAACCGAAGAAGCUUGUGGUAUUAAAAAAUAGUUCAAGAUCCAACUGAAACAUUAGUGGAAUUUGCUACUGACUCAUUGGACUGAAAUCUGAAUUACCUGGUUUAAAAAAAAAAAGCCAAAUUAUUGUUGCUACAGAAUAUAACAACCAUGAAAAGGAUCUUGUAUUUUAAAAAAAUAUGUAAUUUUUAUAGAAAGAAAACUUGUUUUUCAUUCAGAAUUGUCAUUUUUACUUUGGUAAAUUUUUCAUAGGUCCUAAAAGAAAACUGUUUUGAGAAACUACUGUAAGUACUUUUUCCACAUCCCUUUGCCUUCUCCUCUUUCCAAAUUCUUUCUACAAAAAAAUAACACUUGAUGCUGGAAAAACCCUUGCCUCCGUUCUUUAAAUCGUCACAUCAGGAACUACUUCCAAGAGAAGCCUGCGAUUCUGCACUAAUACUGGUCUCAAAAAAAAAAAAAAAAAAAAAAAGUCCACUCCAUAUUGCAGCUUUACCAUAGCAGUUUUCAUCACAGGAUAUUUUUAAUGUUCACGCUGAAAAAAAUCCCCACUUUGGUUCCUUUAGAGCUGCUCACUCCUGAUUGCCGCUGCUGUCUUACAAGCAUCCCUCUAGCAGCAAUUGGAUGUAGAUGACUGAAUGUUAAGACAUUGCAAGUGACAAUCUGAAAAUUUGCACUCUUGCGUGUAGUUUUUCUUUUCAUUUUUCUCUUUCAGAAAUAUUUCCAAAAAGACCGUUAUGUCUUCUGGUACGAUUUGUAUAAUUUGCAAUUUUAGCUAAAAAUGAAGAACUCUCAGCAGAUGCAGCUGCAACUUUCAAUGAACUCUUCCCUCCUUUCUCCAUCCUUUGCCCUUCUUUCUUCUUUUCCAGUGUUGGGUACACAUGAGUGGUGUUUUCUUUGUGCACUGAGGCAAGCCUAUUUUAAAAUAUUUAGGAAGAAGUACUUUAGUUCAUACUUCUUGUAUAAUUAUUUAUUUUGGUCGAUGAGCUUUGGUUGGAUUACAAAUUUUUUGUGCAUUCCUGAAUUUGCCUUAUUUCAUGUAAAAUUUAUGUCAUUCAGUUUUUGACCAUGAGUUGAAGGCAUCAGUGAUAUUUCUUAUCUACUUGUUACAUAUAGUUUUUCAAGUAAUGACUGUGAUUGUGACCAAGUAAUGUGCACUUUUUCUUGUAACUGUGGACAUUGCUAUGCUUUUUUUCUUCUAGUGUUUCUAGAAUUACUAUUCCUUACAGUUAUGUAAACAAAAAAUUCAAAAACAAAAAAAGAACUUUUGUGAUACUGUUGGUGAAUAUAAUGUGAAAAUCUUAUUGAAAUAUGAGUAUUUUGGAAAUACAUAGAUGCACAAACAUCUUUUAAGGUGUGGAUUUAGAGUUUGCUUAUUUAAAUGAAAAAUCAAAAAUUGAGGGCUGGUAUAAUUUUCUGUUUUGUUUUGUUUUAAUAAACAGAUUUCUGUGUUAAACAAUGAUUGUGAAACCUUAUAAACUUUCUGAAUAAUAUGAUAGUUAAUUUUUAAUGGUUUAAAAUUUGAAAUGCUAUUUUGUGCAAACAAUGAGCAGAUUGGAGACUUCAAACUUAUUUCUCCAAGAUUCCCUAGAGCCUCCACAUUCAGUCUAACAAAUUACUUAUUAUUCUAAGAAAGAGUAAAGAAAAUUAGUCUCCCAA